AAUUGCUGCCACCAACUUCAUUAAAGGUGGAAAGGGUGGAGGACACUGGUGUGUUGAUUUCUUGGCACCCACCUGAGGACGCAGCCGCCAGGCAACUCAUUGACGGCUACGCCGUGACGUACGUAUCCCUCGACGGCUCUUACCGCAGGACAGAUUUUGUGGACCGAAGUCGUUCUGCCCACCAAUUGCGGGCACUAGCCUCCGGCAGAGCCUACAAUAUUUCUGUCUUUUCAGUCAAACGCAACGUGAACAACAAGAAUGAUAUCAGCAGGCCCGUCAUGCUCACCACGCGCACUAGACCGCGUCCGGUGGAAGGCUUUGAGAUCACGAAUGUGACAGCCAGCACCAUCACGGUGCAAUGGGCUCUCCACCAGCUCAAGCACUCCACCGUCAGUAGGGUGCGUGUCUCCAUCUGCCAGCCGGGGGACCUGGCAGACCGCACCGUGGAGCUGAACAGCAGUGUGGCCAAGUACACCUUCCUGGACCUGCAGGCAGGAGAGAGGUACGUCAUCCAUGUCACAACGCUGAGUGGCUUGGGGACAGAAGACCACCCCUCGGAGAGUCUGGCCACAGCCCCCUUCCACGUGUGGACGAGGCCUCUCCCCCCACAAAAUCUUACCACCUUUCGUGUCAGCGCCACUUCAGUGUCCAUGGUGUGGGAGCAGCCACCCGCCGGCACCGUGGAGGGGUACAUCAUCAAUGUCACCACCGCUCAGAGUGUGAAGAGUCGCUACGUGCCCAACGGGAAGCUUGUGUCCUACACAGUGCGGGACCUGCUCCCUGGGCAGCGAUACCGCCUGUCCGUGACAGCUGUGCAGAACACAGAGCAAGGCCAAGUGCACAGCGAGCCCAUCCACCUCUACGUCACCACCUUGCAGAGGGAUGGGGCUCCGGAGAGACGGUGGAGCCAAGCUGGACAUCCCCGGGUCCUGCGCAACAGGCUGCCCCCAGCUUUCCUGCCUGAGCUCCGCUUGCUAGCAGAUCAUGACACAGCUGAGGAGCCCUCGCCAGCCCCCAGGUUCACAGAGCUGGUGGAUGGCAGAGGGAGGAUCAGUGCCAGGUUCAGCACUGCGCUGGGCAAAUCCAUCACCGUGAGCGCACAGCCAGAGGCUUCAGUGAAGCUGGAGAACGUGGAGGUGUCCAGCCAGGGCAGUCUGGCACUGCAGUUGCAUGAGGCAAAGAGCAAGAGCGAGGGGCAGAACUGCUCCAUGAACCCCUGCAGGAAUGGAGGCACCUGCGCCAGGAAUGCGCAGUCCUACCACUGCAACUGCCGCCCGGGAUUCAAGGGCCGCCUCUGCGAGCUGGCCUGCAAGAAGGUGCCACACUCGUGCACGCGGCUGUACUCGGAAACCAAGUCAUUCCCCGUGUGGGAAGGAGGCACCUGCCACUACCUGUACAGGAGAGUCUACAAGGUACACCAGGACGUCUGCUACAAGGAGAGAUGCGAGAGCACCGGUUCUGAGACGACCACCAGCAGGUCUAAAACCAAGUACCAGUCAUACAUUGAAGAAGCCAUAGAGUAA